AUGGAAGAGGACAUGUUUUGCUACAUUCAUGAAGGCGGUCAGCUAGUUAAAUGUGUUGGAGGGUCUGUUCAAUAUCAGGGUGGUCGUAGCGAAUCGAUGGUUGUUAGCCGGCAUAUGUCACAUAGUGAUUUCGUUUCAAAACUGUGUGAUGCACUGCACUUUGACCAGAAUUCUAUCAAAUUGGAAUUCACGGUCAAGUUUGAGCCAUCAUGUCUACUACCGUUGCAUGAUGAUGCAGCCUUACUUAAGAUGUAUGAUUCUGAAUGUAAAGGAGCUUCAAUGGCUUCUAUUGGGUCUGAUAUCAGUCCUUCAUCUAAGGCUGGAGUGAGGUCCAUGUACUAUAACAGGGUUUCCCUUUCUUAUGUAACCAGCAACCCAUCUUUGGGUGAAGACAAGCCUUCCUUUUUUAGCAUCAGAGCAUACAUAAGCUUCAUCAAGCCUGAUCAAACAAUGUGGUACCGGGCUUGUAAGACAUGCAACAAGAAAGUCACAGAUGCUAUUGGAUUUGGGUAUUGGUGUGAAGGAUGCCAAAAGAAUGAUGAUGAGUGCAGUUUAAGGUACAUAAUGGUAGUGAAAGAUUCAGAUGCUAGUGGUGAAGCAUGGCUUUCUCUGUUCAAUGAACAAGCAGAGAGAAUAUUUGUGUGCUCUGCUGAUGAGCUUAAUAAGCUGAAAUCACAGGAGGGAGAAGAGAACCUAUUCCAACAGAAAUUGAAGGAAGCUAUUUGGGUCCCUCAUCUUUUCCGGAUUAGUGUUGCACAACAUGAGUACACGAACGAGAAAAGACAGAAGAUAACAGCCAGGGCUGUUGUUCCAGUUGAUUAUGCAGCUGAAUCCAGAUUACUGUUAGAGGAGAUAUCAAAGAUGAAGACUUCACAAUAG